GAUCGAUUCAGAUUAAAUCUCCUCGCAAAGGAUUGGGAUUAAGCUCAAGAAAUUCAAUAGCGCUGGGAGCGAUAUCAUACAAUUAAGUAUGGGGUUUAUGUAGAGAAUUUGGGUCACGCUCAGUGUAAAGAGAUAUUUUAUGAAAGAUAUUUGGGAAGUGGGGAAGUUAUAAACUUGUUAUAUUUAGGACGGAGAAUUGUUUUAAAAUGUAUGGUGUAGACUUCGGAAAACCGUCGAAAGCGUGUAAAACUAGGGAACGUAGCGUGAAUUGGUCGGAAAGAGAUAAAUUGUUGGCGGUGCAGCUUAUUAUUGACAGGGAGAAUGAGUUAUAUGGACCAGUGCUCGGGAUAAUAAAGAAGAAAGCAUGGGUGUGUUUGACCGACAUGUUCAAUGCGGAAGCUGACGAAUACAGAACAAGUGAACAGCUGAAAAAAUGUUUCGAAAACUUGAGGAGCAAUGCACGAAGAUACUUGGACGGGGAGAUGAAGUCAAAGACUCCUACACCCUCUAUUCAAGUUCUGAUGGAGAAGAUGGCUGGGAGUCCCACGGGUUUUAGCAUGAAAAUACCGGUUGACAUUGAUGCUACCUCUAAUAGUCAGGACACCAUCCCCGUGUCCAUAUGGGCCGGGAAUACAGACAUCGUCAAGGUGGAGGUCCCGGAUUGCGAUGGCAGUUCUUCACCCCAUCCGCUUCGAUCAGAAGAAAGCGACAGCCGUUCGAAUAUGGAUGAAGAUAUGACCUCGCCAAGUCUGAUCAAGGGGGUUCCAGGAACUUCAAAUGAUCUUGUUGAUCAGCAAAAGAAUACCCGUUCACCAGUUCCAUUCGCAAGGAAUACACCCACAUACAACCCACACACAAAUAGUCCAAGCUUAUACGUACCACAUACGAACAACCAGACAAUAUUCGUCCCACAGAUCAACAACCAUAACGUGUUAAUUCCACAUACAGCCAGUCAAAACGCAUUUGUACCACACACUAACAUUCAAACCACAUUGGUACCACACACGAACACCCAGCAUAUAAACGAUCAUCCAUCGCUUCAGCAACGUUCAGCAAGUCACCAUUCUAAUACUCCAAACACAAAUACUCGAAGUACACCUAGUCAACAGACCAACGGUCAACACACAAGCAAUCAAACCUCAAAUAAUCCGAACACAACUGAUCAACACGCAAGUAAUCCUAUUACAUUCGAAUCAUACACUCACAAGUCUAAAGGGAAGAAGAGAAUGAUAGAAGAUGACCUCAUUGACUGUGAACUCGAAAGAUGUAAAUUGGAACAAGAGAAGUUGAGAUUGGACAUUGAGUAUAUGGCGCAGAAAAGAAGUGAAGAACAAAGUCUUUAUAAAUUAAAUAUGGAAGUUUUAGAGCUGAAAAGAAGGUGUUUGCAAAAACAAUUGGGAUAACGUUUCGAUUUUUACCAUCUUGUUUUGUUUAUAAAUGAUUGGAUUGUACUAUUUUUUGUUGAAUAAAAUGCAAACUUGAA